GGUGGGUCGUUGCUAGAUCUAGAUGUGGGCCAACCAGCCGAGUAUUAGUAUAAAAUAUAGAUGAUGAACUGGGUCUAAUUAUCUUCCAUUAAUGUUUUUUACAAUGAGUUCUGUGGUCAACAACAGUGAAAAUGGCGAACCCCUAUAACCCCUCUUGACCAAAACGCCAACAAAAGAAAAUGAUGGCAGCAGCUGCUUGGAGGUCUUUAUUGCCUGUAAUAAUGAUCUCUAUUUUCAUGGUAUACGAAGAGUGGGUCUCCUUCCCUUCUUGCAAACUCCUCCCAAGCACCACCUACAGUCCCGACAAACAUGUCGAGAACGUAGAUGAUUCGCUGGAGGAUCUUAAGGUUAUGAUGGUUGCCAACUUGCUCUUGCUUGGCUCCGAAGCUGGUUUUGUCAACCUCUAUUUCAGAGACUAUUACAUGUCCAAGUUUUUCGAGAAAUCUUUUCAGAGUUUGAACCCUGAUAUGCUACUAGUCUUAGGUGAUGUUUCUGCGAAAGGGUCAGAGUUGUCAAGAACUAAAUGGUUAUCGGUGCUACAUCAGUUUGAUAACAUGUUGGGUCCAUUUCUUGAUCUCCCUUUACAUGUUAUUCUUGGUGAUAGGGAUGUUGGAGAGUGUAGUGGUCUUUGUUCAAACUCUGUUAAUUGGAUAGCUAGGAAUUUUCCGGGGUUGGAUUCAUCGGGAUGUGGUGCUUUCGAAAUUAGCAAUAUCAGCUUUGUUUCACUUAACGCUGUUGCGUUGAUUUGUGGUAACAAUAAACUCCGUUUUGACGUUGAGAAGGUUAUAGAAAGGGAAAGUGUGGAUCUACAAAUGGAAAUAGAAGGCAUGGAUGAAGCAAACAAUGGGUUUGGCAUGUUUAGCGAAAUGUCCAAUGACUUUAGGUGGAGAGUAAAUGCUAUGAAAUCGGGUUCUGGUUCUGGUUCUGGUCCUGUCCUAUUACUUCAUUUUCCCUUGUAUCGGUCGGGGAAGACCCAUAUAGCAGAAGGUAGUACUUUCAAGUCUAUCAUUGAUCCAUCGGGCAAAGUUCCAGCUUCAGCACAGGGCGAAGGCUUUUCUGGGACCGGCCCUUAUGAUCUAUCGCAGACUGUCCCACCAAAUGCUACUGAAUACAUUUUUCAUGCUCUUAAACCCAGGAUUAUUUUUAGUGCUCACACACAAGAAUUUAGUGACCACACUCACUCAGAUGGGACUCGAGAGGUAACAAUUCCAGCCAUGACAUGGAAAGUGAGGGAUGAUCCAGGUUUUAUUGUUGCAACCUUCCAAAGGAACAAAAGUGCAGGUGCAAAAUCGACACGGGUUGGCACAUGGGCGUGUGGCCAGCCCAUGUGGCUCAUACGGGCGUGUGGCUUACCCGUGUGGAAAUGCCUAGGCCGUGUGGAUCCUGAAAACAACUCUAUUUGUCCUUUUUGGCUUGUUUUUCGCUCCUUUCGGUCUCAAAUGCUCUACUAAGAAUAAAAACAUGAAUGUAAAGGAUUAUGAGCAUCAAAUUCACUAAUUUGCAUAAUUAAUCAUCUAAAAACGCAUUAAGAAUAGGACUAAAAUAUGUUACAUAUUUCAGGGGUCGCUUUAAACAAAGAAAUCUGCUUAGGUGCAGAAUGAAAAUUUGAUACUAGUUCGAGUGCCAUUAGUUUUCCUAAUUUUGUUAUCUGUAUAGCUGAUUGUUGUUUAUGAAAUUGUAUUGCAUUGAUUUGCAAGUUAUACUUGAAAUUGAAUGAUAAAGCGCUCACGGCAAUA